AAGUUAGUUUAGUCUUAUUCCCAGUGUACUAACAUAUUUUCACUAUAAGAAUCCUUGGUGAGAUGUUCUGUUUUUGCAGUGUAACAAUUUUAUUUGAAAGUUAUUCAUGUUUAAAACGUGAAAAGAAAAGGAUAAUUCACCCUCUUCUUGUUUUACCUCGCUUGCCUUUGCCAAACGAAACAAAUGAAAAGGAAAGUGGCCAACAUGGAGAAUUGAUGACAGCCCCUCCUUUGUGCGCUUUACUUUCUCCAUCGCUUGAUUAUGAAGACUAAUGCAAUCAUAAACUGCGCGCAGCGGCCAAUCAGCGGCCAUGAAAACGACCCAUGUGGAGAACUUUGUUGCCUCCAUUGUUGGGGCUCUCCGCUCCCAGAGGAGGGCUGAGGGGGGCAGCCAGCUAUAAAACUCCUCUCCCUAGAGUGACGAAGCCAGAACAGUUCGCAGGACUGAUUCACGGAGUAUUUCUGAUUCCAAACUGAAACUUUUUUAUUUUUCCGCCCUAACGCCGGGAUUAUGAUGAUCCCAAGUGUCCUAGCGCCUCCCGCUCUUUACCCGGGGCUGUACCGACCUGCCGCGGCUCUGCCGUCCGCCUUCCCGGCUCACUCCAGCUUCUUGGUGGAGGACCUGCUGCGGAUAAGCCGACCCACCGCCUUCAUAAACCGAACUGCCCCGCCGGUCGGUGUCUCCAUGCCCGCCGCGUCCUAUAACGGAGCCUCCGCGGUGACGCGCGACUCCUGCUCGCCCAAAACCUCAAAGGAUCCAAGUUUCCUCAAGUUUGGAGUGAGCGCGAUCCUGGCUCCGUCACCAAAGACAGCAGCAUCCUCACCUCCAGCAAUCCACAGUCUCCACUCCAAGACCUUCCCAGUCCCCUGCUUUGACGGAACCUUCCACCCCAUAUUUAGGACGCCAUAUUUACCAGCAACGUCCUCCGUUGUUCCCAUCCCUGGGACCUUUUCGUGGCCCCUGGCGGCCAGAGGAAAACCCCGCAGAGGAAUGCUGAGGAGGGCCGUGUUCUCCGACGUCCAGCGCAAAGCUCUGGAGAAAAUGUUCCAGAAACAGAAAUACAUCAGCAAACCCGACAGGAAGAAACUGGCGUCCAAACUGGGCCUUAAAGACUCGCAGGUGAAGAUCUGGUUCCAGAACCGCCGGAUGAAGUGGAGGAACUCCAAAGAACGGGAGCUGCUGUCGUCCGGCGGCUGCCGAGAGCAAACCCUUCCCACCAAAUCCAACCCCAACCCGGACCUCAGCGACGUGGGGAAGAAAUCCUCCGCUGAGGACGAAGAGGAAGAGGAGGACGAGGAGUUCAGAAGGGAGAGAAUGAGCGUGGCAGGAUGCAGCAUUUCCUCGCCCUCCAUGUCCAGUAAACACUCAGACUUCUCAGAGUCAGACGACGAAGAAAUAACGGUCUCCUAACUUAUUUUUUUCAUAUAAACGUAUAAUUUGCGAGUUGUUUUUAUGUAACUGUGAACCGAUUUGUAACAACAACUCAUUACAUGUUUCUCUGUUUUGUUGCAUCAUGCGCACUGGACAGGUUCUGCUUCUGAGAGCGUUUGCUGUUUUUGCACAGCUUUGUUCAACUGUACAGUAUUUUGUACAAUUUGUAUGGAAGUUUUAUGCCAAGAAUAUUGAGUUCCUUUCGCCCCGAUACUGAAUAGAGUUGUUUAUUGAUAAAAUGUAGCUAUUUCGUUAAUAAUUUAUAUAAAUUUGUUUAAGUAUGUUGUAUUAUGUCUUGUAUAUAUGUUUUAUUUCACCACUUUUGUACA